CAAAGUUUCCGUAGCAUAACGGCUACAUUCAGUAGUUAAACCCAAAAUUUUAGCCUUGCGCUCUCGAAUCUUCGGGAAAAAAAAACCUCGUGAAUAUGUUCUGUUUUUAAGAUUCCCUUCUCCUUUCCUCCCGCCUUAAAAAAUGCUUUGCAGCUCAAUGGAUCCCCUUCUUCUUCGCUGUCUACCUUCUCCUCUCCACACGAAAUCUGACCAAAAUCAAGAAACUCAGCCUCACCCUAAUCCCAUACUCAACAGAUUUCAACAUGUCUCCUCUCCUCAAUCUCAAUCUCAAUCUCAAUUGAUUGGGGGAUAGCUGAGCAAUCAACAAUGGCGGACGAAUUCGACAGCUGUUCGUCCUCCGACGACGCGUUCAAGGAGAGCGCCACCCCGCUCUCGUCGGUGGCCGAGGCGUUCGAGGAUCUGGCGAUGGCGUUGAAGAGCAACGAGAAUUUGCGCCUCGGCACUUUCUGUGACGCCUGCGCGCUCGUCUCCGUCCUCUUCAGCUCCCUUGGGAUCGCCUUCAAGUUUGCCGAGUAUGAGUAUGUCUCAAAGGUAAACGACCUAUUGGAAGCAUCAAAGACGUUUGAUACUUUAAGCAGUAUAUUAGACUGUGAUGUUGCAAAUGACUCAGUCAAAAAGCCAGGAAGCCUCUCACGUCAUUUGCGGAGAGUUAGGCAGGGUCUUGAUCUAAUAAAAGCUUUGUUCGAAAACUUCCUAUCUUCUAGUGAUUGCUCAUUAAGAGAUGCUGCCUCAACUGCUUACACGCAAGUUUGUGCACCAUAUCACACGUGGACUAUUAGGAAAGCUGUCCAGUGCGAGGGAUGUACGCUUCUUCCACAAGAGCAACUGUUAUUGAGGCUAAAUGAAACUGAUGAAACAGUAGAAAAGGAGAUGAGGAGAUACAUUGUUGCCUCCACUCCCAUAAUAAAAUAUAUUGAUGAUCUUUACGUUUCAAGGGACAUUAGCCUGGACUGGUAAAUCAGUGUUAAUGAAGUAGCAGCUCUUGCAUUUUUGGAUCAGAAAAAGCUGCUUCUCAAUUUUCUGCCAAUUUGUGCAAUUUGUAUCUUAGUGAAGUUGUGACAAAAAAAAAAAAAAACAGUCAAUUUGUUGUAAUAGCCAAUUACAAUUUCCGAAAUUAGCACACUUCUUGUUUUACGUCUGAUCUUGUUGUGUAUUAUGUAAACUAGCACAAGUAUUCGCUAAGUUGUGAUUGAAGCAUUUUGACUUGAACUGUGUUAGCUCCAUAGGGAGGUGCUGCUACUUGUCUUUCUGAAGUAGAUAUUUUAUGUCUAAUAGCUUGUAUUACAAGAAAAAUAGCAAGGAACUUUCUAUG